AUGUCUUGUCACCAGAGUCUGCGCCACGAGCCCAAGAUCCAGAAACCGGCAGCAUAUUGGGAUAACUUGUCAACCCUCUACUUGACCAAAGGUGCUCUACAGGAGUUGCAGCGAAGAAUCGGACGUCCGCAGAAGAAACGGCAGAGCCAAAGACCCUCCCAGACAGCUGCUGCCAUCCUCAAGAAGUUGAAAAAUCGCCUGGAAGAGGUUAAAAGAUCUUCGCGGCAAGGCGGAUUCGACCUAACCGAUCUGAGAGGCUAUCCUCAACCUGAAAUCGAUUCUCGCUGCGGGCCAAUGACGCGAACCAGGCCUGUACCUAAGAGCAAACGAACCCGAAAGAUAUCCAACGAUGCUGAUGAUAUUACAAGCAUCACUACCACGCCAUAUAGUCUGAAUUUUGAGCAACACUUGACGGACCACCAAGUUCAUCCUCUGAGACAUUCCUAUGGAGAAAGUCAGAAGGGGAACAAACCUGAGAAUAUGUUGGAAAUCAGGAACAGAUUAGCCAAUCGUCGCGCAUCCCUAUCGUCACUGAAUUUCUCCGACGCCGACUUUGACAGAUUUUCAACCGCAUGCGAUACUGCGUCUAAGGAGCCACAAGUCUCAGCUUCGGUGCUUCCUUUUAUCCAGGGGAAUACAUCCCAGUAUUCCGGCGGGGGCACUCUAUUCAACAACGUUGCUCCCCUGACCGAUGGAACUAUAUCGGAUGCAAAGCCCGAUAUCUAUUAUGGUGUACGUCCCGAGGAGCUACACCGUAAGAUUCGCAAUGAUCUCAAUGAUAUGAUCAUCCCAUGCACGAAUGACAGUCUUCCGAUACUACCAAACUUCAUCGUGGAAGUGAAGGGCUUGGACGGAAAGACAAGCGUGUCUAAGCGACAGUGUUGUUACUAUGGCGCUCUUGGAGCACGAGCGGUCCACGCGCUCCAAUCAUACCAACCGGACAGAGCCGGUGAAGCAGUCUAUGACAACAACGCGUAUACUAUUACGUGCAGUUAUUAUGAUGGCAUGCUCAGUCUAUUUGCGCAUCAUCUCAAAGCGCCUGCGAUCCCCGGAGAGCGACCGCAGUACUUCAUGACCCAGUUACGAUCAUUUAUGAUCCUGGACAGUCCCGAAAGCUUUCGAGAUGGGGUAUCGGCAUAUCGGAAUGCACGAGACUGGACCAAAGAAAAGAGAGACGAGAUGGUGGUGGUCGCAAAUAGGAGGCUCCAGGAGGCUGGAGAAGGAGCAUCUGGUACUGAGCAUGAGAACGCAUCGUCUACUUCGGGAAAAGAGGGGGAAGAGGAAGGAAAGGAAAAGAGGGAGAAGGAAGAGAGAAAGAAGGGGAAAAGAGAGAAAAUGGAGAAGAAAGAGGCGAAGAAGAUGGAGAAGGAAGAGAGAAAGAAGCGGAAAAGGGAGAAAGAGGAGAAAAAGCAGAGGAAAGAGGCGAAGAAGAGGAAGAAAGCUGAAUAG